CCACGUGUAUUCCCACCCCCUUGUCACUUUAGCAUCUCUCCCUAACCCAACUCUCUCCCAUCUCUCUCUCCCUCUCUCGUCUCUCUCCCACCUCUCUCUCUCUCUCUCGUCUCUCUCCCUAUAUAUCUCUCUCUUUCCUGUCUCUGAUUCACUGCUACAUUUAUCUCACCUAUACACACAUCUCUCUCUCCCUCAUCUCUCUCUCUCUCUCGUCUCUUUCCCUAUAUAUAUUUCUCUCAUAUCUCUCUGAUUCACUGCUACAUUUAUCUCACCUAUACACACACUCUCCCUGUAUCUAUCUAUCUACACCUCCUCGUUGUUCCCUAUGUCAUCCAUUCUCACACACAUUAAACCACACUCAAACCCUAACUAAUCACACACACAAACACACGUAAUGGCGGAGCUAGAGAAGAGGUACGGAGUAGGAUACGCGCUGGCCAAGAAGAAAGAGAACAGCUUCAUACAAGCUUCGCUACUGAGUCUGACGAGAGAGAGAGGAAUCGAUCUGAUCAAAAUCGACACCAACACGCCUCUAAUUGAUCAAGGCCCGUUUGAUUGCGUUCUCCACAAGCUCUACGGUGAGGAUUGGAAGAAACAAUUGAAUGAUUAUGCUGUGAAAUACCCUAACGUCUUGAUUCUUGACUCUCCUGAUGCAAUUCAACGCUUGCAUAACAGGAUUUCGAUGCUCGAGGUGGUUUCUGAGCUUUGUGGAGCCGAGAGUGUGCACAAUGUGAAUAAGGAGGAUUCUUUUGGGAUACCUAAGCAGGUUUUGAUAUAUGAGUUGGAGAGGCUUUUGGAUCCUUCUUUGUGGGGAGAGGAGAUAAUGUUUCCGGUAAUUGCGAAGCCUUUGGUGGCGGAUGGGAGUGCGAAAUCGCAUAAGAUGUCGUUGGUUUAUAAUACGGAGGGGUUGAAGAAGUUGAGGCCACCGAUUGUGUUGCAGCAGUUUGUGAAUCAUGGAGGGGUGAUUUUUAAGGUUUAUGUGGUGGGGAAGUAUGUGAAGAUUGUGAAGAGGAAGUCGUUGCCGGAUGUUAGUGAGGACAAAUUGAGGAGUUUGCAGGGGUCGUUGUCGUUUUCUCAGGUGUCGAAUUUGACUCAGAGUGAGAGGAGUGAUAAUACGUAUUAUAAGACGAUGAAUUUGGAGGAUGCGGAAAUGCCUCCACAGAGUUUGAUUUCGGAGAUUGCUUGUGGGUUGAGGAGGGUGAUGAAGUUGCAGUUGUUUAACUUUGAUGUUAUUAGGGAUACUAGGAUUGGGAAUAGGUACCUUGUUAUUGAUAUUAAUUAUUUUCCUGGUUAUGCUAAGAUGCCGUGUUAUGAGAAGGUUUUGACGGAUUUCUUUUGUGAUGCGUUGAACAUAAAACAAAGUGGUAGCUUUGAUGGUCAGCUGGGGAUGAAUUGCGAGAAGGAAGUUAGGAUAUUGGUGGAUAAUAAUGGGCUGGUGGAGGAUGAAGGUGUGCUUCCUGUCUCACCUUUGAAAGAAAAUGGUAACCAAAUUCAAGUAUGAAUAACAUGUGUGUAGCUUUUAUUAGUGAUUUACUGUCCAAGAGUUCGGUCAGUUUGAUCAAGUUCUGAUUCCACUCAAGGGUGCGCUAAGUUGUAGCAAUCUGUCCACAUUUCUUCUAGAUAGGAGUUAGUGACAGUGGUGAAUAAGUAGGUACAAUUUCUUGUUUUUGCCUGCUAACGGCUUUAAAUGCGGUUCUCUUGUUGAUUAUGUACAUUUACGCUGUUGUUUGGGGAUAAUUACUGCUUUGGGACCAAAAAUUAACUCAAUGCAUGCUGCGAUUCUGUCAUUGCAA